CCACGCUACACUGUGACUGUCUGUGUCCGUUUCUUCUGGUGGAAUUUUCGAACAACACCCUAGAGAUUCCUUGGAAGCUACCCUAUACUUUGAUGCCUUCCAAAUAGUGAAUCCCACGAACUAAACCCUAACUCCUUCAACGUCGAUGGCAAGGCUGCAACUACAGAUCAUCGUCGCCUUCCUCCUCAUCCCGAUUUCAUAUUCUUUACCCUUCAUUGUAUUACACGGCAUUGGAGAUAAAUGCUCUAAUCGAGGAAUCUCAGAGUUCACCGAGAUUCUGAGUAACUGGUCCGGUUCUAAAGGAUAUUGCAUAGAAAUUGGAGAUGGAGCAUGGGAUUCCUGGGUUAUGCCCCUUCAGGAACAGACAGGGAUCGUCUGUGAUAAGGUGAAGAAAAUGAAAGAACUAAGUGGGGGCUACAACAUAGUUGGACUUUCCCAGGGUAACAUGAUAGCUCGAGGGGUUAUUGAGUUUUGUGAUGGAGGACCUCCUGUUAAAAAUUUUGUCUCACUGGGAGGUCCUCAUGCUGGCACUGCUUCUGUUCCACUUUGUGGUUCUAGUUUCAUAUGCAUUCUUGUGGACAGCCUAAUCAAGUCAGAGAUUUACUCCGACUAUGUCCAGGCUCACUUGGCUCCCAGUGGUUACCUUAAAAUUCCAACAGAUAUUCCCGCCUAUUUGGAAGGAUGUAAGUUCCUUCCCAAGCUUAACAAUGAACUCCCUAAUGAGAGGAAUUCCACUUACAAGGAGCGGUUCAGCAGCUUAGAGAAUUUGAUACUUAUUAUGUUUGAGCAUGACACAGUUUUGAUACCUCGUGAGACCUCCUGGUUUGGGUACUAUCCAGAUGGAGCAUUUAGUCCAAUUUUGCCUCCACAACAGACGAAACUUUAUACUGAAGACUGGAUUGGCUUGAAAACCUUAGAUGAUGCUGGAAGAGUCAAAUAUAUUAGCGUGCCAGGAAAUCAUCUAGCAAUAUCCAAGGCUGGUAUGAAAAAGUAUAUCGUGCCAUACUUGGAAAAUCAAACAUCAACAAAUAUAGGAAUCAGGGGAUCGUCAUCUUUUAGAAGGCCUUCAUCCAUCUGGAGUUGCAUCAAAGAAUUAGUUGGACCCAUUCAAAACAGGCCAUUGCUGCAGACCUAAUCCGGUUGCAAUGUUGGACCGUAUAUUACCUCUGAAUUUUAGAGAGAGAGAGAGAGAGCGUGUGUAUGGAAUUUAUGGGUCUCAGUGCAUGUGCAGUGAUGUUAACUUAGUCCUUGUUUACUCUUUCAAAUUCGUCAAACAAUGUGCAUUGGCAUCAAUUGGAGCACGUUCAACGCUAUUGAUAAUGAUUAUUUAGCAUCUGUAUCAUGCUACCUUCUCCA